UGUCAAGUUGACAUAUUGAAAAAUAAACCAAGGCUUGGAUAGAAAAAAAUAGUAUUUUUACUUCAUUUAUAUAAAUAGAGAUAUAAUUAAAAUAUUUAUGUGUAGUUUUACACUUAUAAAAUAGUAUUCAAUCGUUAUUAAACAUAUUAUUCUAGUGUUCAAACCAAAUUUUAUUGGUUAAAUAGCAUGAAAAAAUGGAACCAAAACUGUUUGGUUCAUUGUUGAUAUUAUUUGUUAUCGCACAAGUAAACUCGUUGCCUUACGACGUGCAUUGGCUCAGCGGCCCCACUACAAUUGAACGUGAUAUUCAAUCUAUAAAACAAACUGUAGAUAUUUAUUGCUAUACUGGAACACCAAAAAACUUAUUCACAUUAUGGCAGACAGUCAAAUUUAACAUAAAAGUAAAAAAUGAUGAGUUCAGUCAGUACUUGGGCGAUAAUCCAGAACAAGUAUACAAGGAGUACACAGAAGACAGCUAUGGGUGGGAAGUCAUCAACCUCUUCCAGAGGAAGUCUCACCGUAGCCUGUCCCUCGACCUCUUCACUCCCACCUGCAUGGCCGUCAACACCAAACAGAAACAUAACAUUGAGUUACAUGUACAGAGGGUGGAUCUCUGGCGCGUGCUGAUGAUGGCGUCAGGGUUGGCGCUUAUUUUCGCCUCACGCUCGCUUAGUGGCAACCCUGUGUUCUUCUACUUGUGCGGCAUCUUUGUGGGAGUGUCCGCUUCAUUCAUGGUUCUGGUGUACUAUGUGAGCAAGUUGUUACCCAAGAAAACGUUAACAUACGGCAUCCUGAUAGGCGGUUGGACGGUGGGCGUGUACCUCUUCCAGCAAGCAUGGGAGAAUGUUCGCAGCUUGGUGUCGGUGUACCAGAGCUACCUGGUGUGGUAUACGCUGCUCAUGGGCUUCGUCAGCUUCGUGGUGUGCUACCGGGUCGGCCCGCCUCGCAACCAGCGCAGCAAGAACCUCGUCAUGUGGACCUUGCAGAUAGUAGGAGUGCUGGUCACUUUCUUCAGCAGUCAGUACCAAGAAGCGUCAGCGGCGAUCGUCAUAGCGGCUCUCACCGCCAAGUACUUCCCGCAGUCGCUGCUGCUCUCCAUACUGGGAUACUGGCAUCGCUGCUUCCCGCCGAAGCCUCGCCUGCUGACCAACGAGGAGUACUACGAGCAGGGCGCGCGCGAGACCAAGCAGGCGCUGGACAGCCUGCGCCGGUACUGCUCCAGCCCCGACUGCGCGCAGUGGAGCAUCAUGCUCAAACUGAGCGACUCCAAGCGGUUCGCAAGUUUCGUGGAAGGCAACUCCCAUCUAAGCGACGACGAAGUGAUGAACUACGAGUCGUACGCGUUCUCUAUGGAGCGCGCCAAACCCGUCGCCAACUCAACAAGGAACCACCUCGAGAUAUCUGAUGAUGACUCCUCUGACUACGGUGAUGAUUGAGGGUGAACAGGGAUGGGAUGAAGCUCCUCGUCAAAUGUACCCGGUUACAAUGACCUUGGGAUGAUGAUGAUGAUGAUGAUGGUGUUAUCAGUGAUAGAUUCAUUAAUAUCAUCCACUAUGAAUGGGAGAAAAUGAUUUAAAAUAAAAUACUUACAAAAUAGUUGAUUUUUUAUACUUUAUAUAUUUAAGACAUUGACCUCUUAUAAUAAAAGGACGCACAAUCAUGUAGAAAUUUCAUUUAAAAACUGGCCAAUUUUGCUUUGACAGUUUUAGAAUUAUUGGUAAAGAAAAUUUCACCUAAAGGCAAAAAUAUAGUCCAAUAUUCAAAUAAAUCCUAAAUUCAGAGCAAAUUCAACCUUAAGUAUUAAGAUCAAGGUUGAAUUUGCAAAUGUGACUACUUGAAUUGAGUGCCAAGAAGUUGUGUUUGGCACUCAUUGAGUGGGGACGAUUUUUUGGUUGCUGAUUGUGCAUCCACUUUUUAAUAGGAGUAAUAAAUUGUCUGUAAAAUUAUAAAGUUUAAAUUUUUGGAUGUAAUUAAGGGGUGUAAUUACCGCCGUAUCAUUUAUAGGGCUACAGGGGCCCCCCUACGUGUGAAAGCAAAAAUUAGUAGAAUGUAGGUAAUCCACAAUCUCUUUAUUUCCCUGUUUAAGCGUGCCCCAAAAGUUGGAAACAUCCUAAAUAGGUUAAGACACUAUCAUAUUUAUUUUAAGCGAGGUUUUUUGUUUCUUUUUUCUUCUUGGGGAAAAUCUUUACCCUUCCAUUUGGGCCCCCCAACUAAUUUUGAUACAGGGCAGGGCACGCUAUGCCACUGAAGUAACAAGUCUACUGACACAUUCAUCAAAAUCGGUUCAGUAGUUAUUGUGGUGAAAUAUACGGACCUACUCAUAAAUAUUAAUGAUUAAAUGAUAAAUGUCCUACAAAGAGUACGUAACAUAAUUUAUUUAGAUCCACUUGUUUAAUAAAGAACAUUUUGUACAAGUGUUGAUGUAAAUGAAAUUCAGUUAUAAUUUCUUCUUUUUUUGUAUUAUUGUAAGUUCUUGAUUUCCUUAGUUAGGUGUGUUUUAUUGAUCUCACUUAAUUUGUUAAUCUGUAUUAUGUUCAAGUGUCAUAAUAUUUUGUCAUAUAGUUUUAUAACCUUUAAUUUAAGUUAAAAAUAGUUAAAUAUCAAUAUUAUUAUUAUAUUGUAAAACUUUAAUUUGUCUAUCUAUAUCACAGAAUAAAGAAUGAUACAGAAUGAGUGAAGCCGGUGAAACCCAUAUUAAACUUACGUCACGCAUCUCCUUGACAUCCGCAUAUACAAACUUUUUUCAUAAUUUGUAUUUCAAAAUUUAGCACUAACAACAGUUACGUAAAAAAAUAUAUUUUUUUUUCGUGAAUUUGGGUGUGAUACUGAUGCUUCCAUAAUUGGUCUUAGUUUACCUCCCACUGCCCCCCCCCCCCCCCCCGUUUUUUCUCUCUAUCGUCUGAGAUGACAAAGACUGCAGACGGUUAUAAAUUGUAGCAGGGGGUACUAAAAUGCGUUUCUGUUAGUAAUAUUUAUUUAUUUUGUUAAAUAGUUUAAAUUUUCACAAUUAACAUGUCAAUAAUUAGUUACGUAGCACCAUAGCUAUGAUCGCUCUCUUUGUUUUAUUAUAUAAAUGCUAUGUUUACAUUUGUAUGUAUAAUAUUUUGUGUUCACCUACUUAUAGAUAAAAUAAACAUUUUGUAUGAAAUUGACAA